CCGCCAUCUACGCACCUACAAAGAGUCCACAGACCGGAUUCAAUGGCGACUGUAGACCCUCAGGUACCGGUACUGAUCGACAGCAUAUAUGGGAGUAACUUUGUGAUCUACGGCUUGAGAAUGUACGGCCAGGUCGUCGUCGUUCAGGCAGAGGGCCUGGAUGCGUACGCGAAGUAUCAUCAUUCUGAUGACUACGGGUGUAUCAGUAGCGAAGCCACGCUCCAGGAUGCUCUGGACGCGCAGAAACAGAGGGUCGAAGACGUUGAAAUCAUCCAAACAGUAAUACCGACUAUCAAGUGGGGAAGCUGUCCAUGGGCGUAUCUAGACAGGAAAGGGCGUCGAUUAAUUCAACUUUCCAAGCCGCGAAAAAUGUACUCCGUUGCUUGCUCCACAUGGACGACGCUCAUCGACGAGGAUGAGAUUGUUCUCACGAAAGUGAUUGACCUGUAUCAUAGGCAGGGCAUUUGGAAAGGGCAGACAGUGGAGGUCUUCAGGGGAUGGACCGACGAUACUCUGCUUCACAUCGAGCUUAGUAUGCACGGAUAUAGGGCGCUUAAGCGCCGAGGUCUGGACUUCGCGCACGAGAUCGUAGGCCAUCUUAUCUCGGACGGUAAGGUCGUUGGCUAUGUGAGCGAGGCCAUGACCGGCCGUAUGGUGGAAUACUGCGAUCGCAAGCUCGUUUACAGCGCAGCAGCGCGGCUGCAUAGUACAGGCCUAUGCUAUACCAGUUUCAACGAGAAUGGGCUCUUGAUUGAUCGCGGCCAGGUCAAGUUCUACAAUCUCUCUGGUAUCAUGCCUGCAGAUGAAGUCGCCAAGGAGAUUAACUGGAGGCAUAUCGAUGAUCUCUUUGCCGAGGAUCGUCGAGGUAUACCAAACAUCUGGCCAUCUCCCAAAGAUGCAGAGGACCAGUAUACUGUACUCGCCAUUGCCCCGCACCCAAGUCGGUUCUACGUCAGUAACUUUUUCACGGUCGCACGCCUGCUGUCCCCCGCAUUUAAGCGAUGGCAAGAGAAGUGGAUUCGCGACGAAGCGCGGCGUGACCGGCGAGCCAGAAGGGCUAUGUUGGAGAGCUUGGAGAGCACGGAAGCUGACACCGCGGACACUCGAACCAAAGCGGGCACUUCCCGCGCGACAUCCGUUCUCUCGGAAGCAACGUCAGCCGUGUCGACUGUGGCGCGCUUCCAUCCCUACGGUCCCAUUAUGCGGGAACGCAUGCGGAUAUAUCAUGAGGAGAACCAAGACGGAGACACGACCAUUGUGGCCACAGUUAGCUCCCGAACUGCAGUUCCGAGCUCUCGCGGGGUGUCGCUUGCGCCUUCCUUCGACUGAAAGCAGCUGCAUAUUUUCGGUGCUUGAUGCCAUGCUUGCAUCAUCGAGACCGCAUAAUGGACAUCGACAUAGGCACCAGAUGGGCCAAACGCGUACGAACGAUAUUUCAGUCUGGCUAGCGAUUAGAAAGACGCCCGAUAUGAGACUUCAGUAUCCAUUUCAUAUAUAAUAUCAAUUACAGUGUGGUGCAC